UUACGUGGCAACCUCUCGCGUCCGUCUUGUGUAAUAAAAAACAACAUUCGAAUCAUUAAAUUAUUGUUUAAAAUUUUAAUUCAUGUAAUUUUUGACCCGAGGCCCGUACACACAAGCUGUGUUUGUACUGCCCCCAAUUAUUUAGGCAGACCGCGGACAUCAAAUGAACGUAAAUAAGUAUUUAAUUUCCGUUAAAUUUGUGGAAUUGUUAGACAAGCGAACGAAAUGCUGCCCGCCAUUGUCUUCCGGCAAAUGCAUCGUCCGCUCAGCGCCGGUGGUCUACACCAUGGAGCCGCAACAACAUUGAAGCAUGUGCUCGGCGUAGGCGGCAGUAGUUUUGUCAACUGCCUGAAUCGCUAUGCCGCUGCAACCGGCUUCAUACGCAUCUCCUUUCUGGACAUCAAUCAGCGUCGCAAUUGGGAUGUGGCUAGACUGCGGCUCUAUGCCGACGCCAAGAAGCAGUCGCUGCAUUUGCGCACACUGCAAGGCCGGGAUUUGCUUCAAGGUGUCAUCGAUAAGCAGCGCGCCGAGUUUAUAGAGCGCAAGAACUUCCUGGUCGAUGAUAUACGGGAGGCGCGUCACAAGGUGCAGGAGCGAGUGCGUGAGAAGAUUGUCGAGAUACGCGAGGAGCGUGAGAACAUCAUGACCAUACCGAAUAUGCUGACUAUAAGUCGUGCCAUACUCUCGCCAUAUAUUGGCUAUGUUAUUGUCCAAGGCGACUUUACGAUGGGCAUGAGCCUGCUCGUCGUCGCUGGUAUAACAGAUCUGCUUGAUGGUCAGAUUGCGCGCCGUUGGCCUUCGCAGGCGAGCAAAGCCGGCUCGUUUCUGGAUCCCAUGGCUGAUAAGCUGCUCAUGGGCUCCUUGGUCAUUUCAUUGUGCUACAGCGAGUUGCUGCCCAUGUGGCUGACCGGUGUUGUUGUGUUCCGAGAUGUGUUCCUAAUUGCCGCUGGUUUUGUCAUACGCUACAUAAGUCUCCCACCCCCCAAAACGUUUUCACGCUAUUUUGAUGCCACCCAUGUGACCGCCCAAUUAGAACCUACAUUUAUCAGCAAAGUGAACACUGGCGUUCAGUUGGCCACAAUUGGCAUUAGCCUGGGUGCGCCCAUAUGGAAUUAUAUCGAUCAUCCGGCGUUGCAUGGACUUUGGUAUUUAACAGGCGUAACAACCGUCGCAGCUGCGCUCAGCUAUGUCAUUAAUAGACGCAAUACUUUUAAGAUUAUACAAAAAAAGAAAUAGAACUGAGCAUUUCUUCUACUAUUAUCAUGGAGAAUAGUAAUAGAACACACAUCGCAAUGAUUAGUAUAUAGUCUUUUUGUAAACAAGAUAGCUAUUAAUAAAAUUAUAUAUUUUGUUAUCAA